AUGGCCUCUCGCUCGCUGAAACACGAUCUCACAGGACCGAUUGAGGGAGCACCACGCCUCAGAUCAAACAACUCUGCAUUCGAUUCAAAGCAGCAACCUUCCGUCUUUCAGAACCAACGACAGCAUCAACAUCAUCACAGGAGCCAGGACUCGGCGGACAACGCCAAAAGCUCUGCAAUGUGCAUGGGCACAAUCGGCUGGAAGAUCGUCGGCGGUCUGGUUGCCUUCGGUCUCUUCAUAGUGCUUUCGAAUGGCGUCAACAAAUCCGACUACCAGUCAGCUCCUUCUUUCCUCUCGUCAUCAUCUUCGAUGUACAAGUAUGCCCCAACACCAAUCGAAGACGUGUACGCCAAGUGUGCACAGGAAAAGGUUCAUCCUAUCGCAUGCAAGGUCGAACACGCUGCGAAUCUCGCCACUCAGCUCGAAGCUCGUCAGUCUUCCACGCCCGAGCAAGCUGUUCAUGCCUACAAACGCCGCUACCUUCGUCAGCCGCCUGCUGCUUUUGAAAAAUGGGUCGCUCUUGCGCUCGAGAACAAUGCGACCAUCAUUGACGACUACGAUCAGAUCGAAGUCGACAUUGAUUUCCUCCGUCAAGCAGGUUUGGUCGGCAACAGGCUGAAAAUGAGGAUGCUCGAAGCAAAGUCUCUUCUUCCGGGCUACGAGUUUGGCCAACUCAGCAUAGUGGAUGGCCAAGCGGUAGUGUUUGGACCGGAUGUGGGCCCGCUUUCAUCUUCGACUUUGGUCGAGCUACUUGGUCCGGUUCAGCACGUUAUCCCCGAUGUCACGGUCCCAUUCAAUUGGCGUGCCGAACCGAGAAUGCCUCACCCGAUCUCUUCCCUUGCAUCCGCACCCAUGGAAUUGGUUGGUGCAGCGAGGAAGGAUCCAAGUGAAAUCUUGCGGCGAGCUUGUCCUUCCAACCAUAUUUCACCCCAGCGAUCUUGGGAUACGCUCGAGCCGCGCUUUGAGUACUGUCGGGAGGAGUCUGAGGAGAUCGAGCAUCUUCACGGCUUCUUACAGUCGCCCUCAAACUUUGAGCCGUUGAACAAACUCGUGCCCAUGAUAUCCAGAAGCAAGAUGUCCAACUUUGCCGAUAUUCUCGCUCCCAACGUCUGCUAUGCGAGCAAGACCUAUCGAGGCUAUCCCGACACCAUCCCUUGGGACGAGAAGAAGGACAGUGUCUACUGGCGAGGCACCACCACGGGUGAGGUUCAGACGGCCACCACUUGGGCCAGGGGUCAUCGUCACCGCAUGUUGCGCUACGUCAAACAACUGCGCGAAGCUGCCAACAAGUUGACGACUGGCGUUGAAAAGGAUCCUUUCGACGAGAUCUACGCACCUGAUCGAACCAUCGUGCCUUCACGAGAAUCGGUGCAGGUAGCCGGAAACACUCUUCCUCUGUUCGACUACACAGAUAGCUCGGUUGUUGACGCAAUAAAACGACUUGGAGCAGGCGCCUUCAACGUUUCAUGGUCGCGAUUCGUUCUGGCAGACGACCCAACGCUCUCUUCGCUCAUGGCGCACCAAGUGACGACAGGCACCGAGGGCCGAAACACGAUUUAUGAACACAAGUUCCUGCUCGACCUUGACGGGCAAUCGAUGUCUUGCCGCUUCUAUCAGCUCCUCGCCUCCAACAGUCUCGUCUUCAAGCAAACCAUCUGGUCUGAGUACCAUGACGACAGACUAAUACCAUGGAUCCACUAUGUUCCCCUCGAUUUGCGGGUGCAGAACAAUGAGUUGCCCAUGUUGCUCGACUUUUUCAUCAACCAUGCGCAGGGCCGUACGGCGGCUGCCAAGAUUGCUACCGCUUCCAGGGAUUGGGCUGAGAGGACGCUUCGCCCCAUCGAUGUCUCUCUCUACUACGCACGAGCCCUGAUCGAAUUCGCCGAGCUCUACCAUCAGGACACAUGA